AUGGCAAUGACUUCCACAAGCUCCUCUUCUAUGCCCUCGACUCCAACUGUGCGGCCAAAGCAGGAUAAGAGACGAGCUGCCAACCUGUUACGCGACUAUUAUGGACUCUCGUCGGAAUCUGCGCAGACACCCCAAUCACCUGCGAUCAGCAACGAGGAUGCGAUUGAUCAUUCAACACUCCCAAAGGUGGAUCUACCCUCCUUGCUUCGCUCCAACAAUCUCAGCGCUCUGCUUAGCAAAGAGUCUGAACUGAUCGUCCAAAUCCGCGAACUUGAUGGAGAACGCCAGAGCCUCGUUUACAACCAUCAUCAUGAGCUCGUGGCAGCAAGCGACACCAUUCGUGAUAUGAAGGUCAAGUCAGAAUCGCUUGAUCCUUCACUCGAAGCGCUUCAAACCUCGUUUGAGUCCAUAUCGACUCUCUCCUCCAACCUCGAUGUGUUACGCCGCCCAGCCACGAAGGAAUCACCGGCAGCGGAAACUCCAGGCCCGAACCACCUCGAUCCACUACACGAUCUGGAACCCAUCGUCACUCUGCCAUCAAUGCUUUCGGAUUUGAUCGAAGGACGUGUUGAUGCCACCAGCGCAAAAGGCUAUCAAGAUGCAAGAGCCAAGAAGGAGGGCCUGGCCCGAGCCGAGCACUUGUGGGGCACUAUGGAGCCCGUAUUGGCUGCUUGGACCGAAGCAGGUGUUACUGGAAUCCGUGAGAUUGCAGCAGAGUGUCGGACAUUGCUCAAAGAUGGACGAAAAGCGACCGGAUCCUCGUUUUUGGCUACAGCAGGCUCAUGA